CCUCGCAAACUACUACUGCUGCUACACAAUGCCUCACCAUUCCAAUGCAAACUACCGAGUCACGGACUCCACCGGGUCUAUCCACUCUGAAAUCGAGCUCGUAAUCGACUCACCAACGAACUCACCCACCCGGAACCACUACUACUACAGAAUGCAUCACAAAAACAAUGCAAACCACCGAGUCACGGACUCGGUCGGGUCGAGCCACCCCGAAAUCGACCUCGUAAUCGACUCACCCAACCCGAACCACACCACUCCAACCAAGGCUCUAAUCAUCAUCCCUUUCAUAGCCAGGUUCCACGCCGGUUACUUCCGCAUAAGCCUCUCGUUGUGCAGCCAGGCUCUGCUCUGGAAGACCCUCCGCGAACCCCCGGCCGCCUCGCCCGACCCCGCUGCCCUCCACCGCCUCUUCCGCACGCUCCUCCCGGGCCCGGCCUUCACCGUCCUCUGGUCCCUCUCUCUCCUCACCCUCCUCACCCUCUCCUCCCUCUACGCCCUCCGCUGCCUCUCCCACUUCCACCUCGUCCGGAACGAGUUCAAGCACCACGUGGGCGUCAACUACAUGUUCGCCCCGUGGAUCUCCUGGCUCCUCCUUCUCCAGUCCUCGCCCUUCAUCUCCCCAACUUCAACUUACUAUCUCACCCUCUGGUGGCUCUUCGUUGUUCCCAUAGUGGCCCUCGACGUCAAGAUAUACGGCGCGUGGUUCACCAAGGGGAAGAGGUUCUUGUCGGCCGUGGCCAACCCGACAAGUCAGCUGUCAGUGAUCGGGAACCUGGUGGGGGCGUGGGCAGGGGCGCGGAUGGGGUGGAGGGAAAGCGCGGUGUGCUUGUUCUCGCUGGGGAUGGCGCAUUACCUGGUGCUGUUCGUCACGCUGUACCAGAGGUUGCCCGGGGGGAACGGGAUAACGGGGAUGCUGAGGCCGGUUUUUUUCUUGUUUUUCGCGGCGCCGAGCGUGGCUAGCUUGGCUUGCGAAGCAAUUUGGGGCUCGUUUGAUUAUUCUUCCAAGAUGUUCUUCUUUCUGUCGCUCUUUCUGUUCUUGUCCCUGGUUUCGAGGCCAAUGCUAUUCAAGAAAUCAAUGAAGAAGUUCAACGUGGCUUGGUGGGCUUACUCAUUCCCUUUGACAGUUCUAGCCAUUGCUUCAACAGAGUAUGCACAGAAGACGAAAAGCACCAUAGCUCACGUGCUCAUGCUCGUGUUAUCCCUGCUUUCAGUCCUGGUUUCUCUUGUUCUGAUGGUUUUCACUGGGCUGAACACUAAUAUGCUCUUGCCAAUUCACGAUCCCUAUUCUAGUUAGCCCUAGCGGUGCACCUCGCGGUGUGAUCAAGUAUAUCUGCCUCUUGUGCUGGUUGGGUUUGGCUUCUCGCCAGCCUUCAUUCCUUAAUUUGCGUUUUGGACGGCGCGUGAUUGUCCAAGGUUUCCUGCCAACCUGGUUGGGAUGUUUGUCCUUGGUUGUGAUGCCGUACAUUUUAUCCUCCACUUAGUUUUUAUA